GAGUUGGUAGUGAAACUGAUGCAGGAUCAUGCAAUCCAUCAACCCCAGCAACUCUGCCUGCUGGGAGGACAGGCUCUCCUAGUCAACCCGAGUGGAUAGUCUCCCAGCCAAGGCUCUGGAGUGGAUAGUUCAGUGGAUAGUCGUUGCAGCCUUCGAAGAACGCCUCUUCAUGUAGCAGUGGAUAGUUCGGACUUACUGUGUCAGAGGCACUUUGAGUAGUACUCUGAGGGAGUGUGUACUCGCCCAGGGACGAGUGCGUUGAGUGAGGCUUAGUAUUAGUGGGUGCGUGCGUGUUAUGAAGCCCGCUUGAGCAUCAUGUUUGAGGGGAGGCAGAGUGUGUGCUGGAGUGUACAUGUGGCCAAGUGACGUGUGGUGACGCAGGUGGUGACGCAGGUGGUGAAGCGUGGUGACGCCGGUGGGGACGGAGGUGGUGACGCCUGGUAACGGAGGCAGUGACAGAGGUGGUGACGCAAGGGGUGACGGACGCAGCGACGGAGGCAGUGACGGAGGCAGUGACGGAGGCGGUGACGGAGGUGGUUAAGGAGGUGGUGACGGAGGUGGUGACGAGUGGUGACGGAGACGGUGACGCAGGUGGGGACUCCACCAGCUGGACACUCAAUGGACCGUCUUCAACUUGUCACAGACUGAGACAGCUAUGAGGGAGAGAUGUGGGCGUGCGGGCGUGGGUAGGCGCGCCCCAUGGAACACCACUCCCACGGUCACCACGCCCACAGUACUCACACUACUGCUACUGGUCACCCUUACUAAAGGGUGCCAGGGUAUCGACUGCUUCAAGUGUGUGUCAGUGAACGGUGACAACCCCAGCUGUGAGGACCCCUUCCAUAACAACUUUACCGUGGGUCUGAUGGAGAGUCCCUGCCUGGCAGGGCGCAAAGGCAGGGGAGGUCUCUUCCCUGCCACGGCCUGCAUCAAACUGGCUGGCAUCUAUGAUGACACAGGGCAGAGCAUAACGAUCCGGUCGUGUGCACUGGACAGCGGUACCUUGACCACAGACACAGAGAUCAUCCGCAUGUCUCACUGUGGCAGCUUCUACUUCCAGCAGAAGUACGUGAAGGGUUGUCUUCAGAGUUGUGAUGACUACGAUGGUUGUAAUGGUUCUCCCCCCUCAAGAGAAGUCUCCUCUACCACGCUCCCCUCAGCUAUCUUCCUUCUCCUAUACUUCUACAAGAUCUUGUAGCCCCUGGAGAAGUGCGGUCAUCUUCCUGCACCACUGUUUCUACAAGUUCUUGUAGCCCCUGGGGAAGUGCAGGCCAUCUUAUUUCUGUGUCUACAAAACUUCGAAAGUUUCCGAAAAAGCCUUUGAAGCCCUUUCCCAUCCCUCGGAAAAGUGGCAGCUUGCUGGGAUCUACCUUCUCAAGUAGUCCCAGCAAGUGGCCACAGUAAGUGAUCACAGCAAAUGGUCACAGCAAGUACACCCAAGUGUUCCAUGCUCACAUCGGCUCUUGAAAGCACACAUUUCGAGGUGGUUUGGACCUGUUAGUGACUGAACUUUCGCAUUUCCAGGUCUUGAGAGCUACUAUGGUGAUUCCAGACCUUGUAAACAAGGCGUGGAAGUUACUGUUGGUAGUGAGCUUAGCUUAGAGAUUUGCUCUAGAGCCACGAGUAUUGGACACCUUAUAUUUAUAGCCUGAAAAAAUAUGUUGUAAGUAUUCCAGAAUUUUUCGUAUAGUCCUGGAAUUCAGAAUACAGUAUUGAAUACGAAUGUUAGAUGCAUCGUCACUGUAGCACACUAAAAUCAUUUAGCACAUAUUUAUCAAGACUAGCUGAUGUCCGUAAUCAUGUAAGUAUUGACUGGGAGUUCCACCAUGACAUGGUUCAGGAUAUGUCAACAUAAGCUCUCGACAGCUGUCCGAUGGUCAGCUUGCCUCCACACAAGCACUCUCAAGGUUCAUGACACUUCGACGUUCUUCCUCGCGAGCUUCAGAACUUCAAGGUGACAGCUACACGACUCUGGAAGCAGUGACCACAAGUCAGUGUUGAGCGUCCAGGUUACGUCUUUUCAUAGGUCCCUCACAGUACUCUUCAUGAGCAUUUGUUGACGCAGUAGGUCACCAAUCGUAAGUUUGUCCAAAAGAACGUAAGAGAGAGAGAGAGAGAGAGAGAGAAUUUUGGAUCCAGAAAGAUGCACCACACCUUCCGAGACGUAUGUAAAGUCUCCAGUUUGGUGCAUGACGCUUCCAGGGCUAAAAGUUGAACCAAUGGAUCGUGGAUUGUAUCUAACACGCUCGCGUCAGCCACUGAUUAGGUUAACAUUGUAUGAUCUUGUGUUAGGACAGGGAUAGGUUCAAUAAAGAGAUAGAGGACAGUUUUACAGAUAAAAGGUUAAUUAAUAUGUUGUGUGUGUAGAGUGGCUGAAAGAUUUUCCAGGUAUGGAAGACUUCCCAUGAUCGGAAGGCUUUCCAGUCAUAGGAAGGACUUUCUAAGUCUGGAAUAUCUGUUAGGACUGGAAUACCCUUCAGGUCUAGAAGGUUUACCAGGUCUGGAAGGCAACCCACUGUUGAAAGGCUUCCUAGCUUUGGAAUAUUUCUUAGGGCUGGAAUGCUUUCCAAGACUGGCAAGUGGACGUGAAGAAGACCUUGUCAAAGCCAGCGAGUACAACAGCAACUUAAGAACUAAUCCAGGCACUUGCACUUGAAGAAGUGGUAAAACUCGAGAAGUGGUAAGUGGAAGUGUAAAGAGAGGGUUACCUAGCCAAGACAGAGGCUAUGUCCACCUGCACACCCACCCACUUACAAGCCACAGUCAUUUGUGCUCAUGUGAAAGUCGAGUGCGUCAUUCAUAUACAACACGCAAAUGAUCGAAAAGUCAUUGAUUGAAUUGUUGUGGAGACCAUUCUUCCUAUUCACAUUUGUGCCCUGUGUAAAAAAACUAGAGAUAAACAAUCUUGAAUAGUAAUAUUCAUGUGUUUCCUCUUCCCGGACACUUGGUUUCUGCAGCGCAGGUCUGGAAGGUCUGUAAGUUUAAAUAUGAGGCCGUCGUGCCAUAGGCUAUCAAAAGCUUUGUGUACAUUUCGAGUUGCAAUUAGAGUUAGAUUGCCUUGUUUCCGCCGGGGAUCCACGGCACUGAAGAAGAUUACAAUGGAACUAUAAAUAUUGGAAUAAUUGGUGGUAUAACAUACAUGGCUUGUACACUAACCAAGAAUUUGAACAAUGGUGCUGUGUGUAUGUACAUAUUAUAGUUUAAUAAUAAUAAUAAUUAUAGGGCAAUUAUACAAAUAAUUCUCUUUCUUAUAUAAACAAAUUAUAAGGUAGUUUAUUUUAUAUAUAAUAGUAGGAGAAGUAUAUCAUUGCAGACAGUUACACUGCAGGCUAUUUUAGUCAUUGUUGCAAAAAUAACAUUAUAUCUGAUACAAUGGCUUGUCUCUGUGGAAAAUUGUAACUACUAUGAGAGACCAUUAGCAUCACUGACCCAGUCUAACUUCUCCCCUGACUAACUACUCUGCCAUAAGCAUAACAAAUCACUGACCACGAACUUUUCAACUGGUCACAACCCAACAACUCCCAAUCGUCAGUUGAUCACAGUCUAGCCUUUCCUCCCUAACACUCGAGCACGGUCUUUACACGAAAGUUUUCAGACGCUUUAGAUAUGACUAAUUAAAGGUAUCUCUCCAGACUCUGUUACUAGUCUGUCUACAUCACCAAAGACUUCAGGACAGGUCGAAGAACUCAGAUUUCGAUUUCGAUUGUCCAAGAGUCAAGUAAAUUUUUUUUUUACAUUCUUUUCCCGCGUAUGUAGUGAAUGAGAGAGCAGUGGAAGGUUGUGACUACAGUGCUACACUGUCGCUUCUUUAGCUACUGAAGUAGUCUGUCAGUGCCCUUAAAGAAGUCUUCAGGAACCUCCAGGAGCCUCCAAUAACUUCCAGGAGCCUUCAGGAAUUUCCAGAAGCCGCUAAUAAUCUAUAGAAGCCUCCAGGUGACUCCAAUAUCCUCCUUGAGUCUAUUAGCCUCCGGGAGCCUCCAGUAGUCCAGCUCCAGACGUCCUUGAUAGCUCCCCUGACCCUUCCAAAGGCAUCAGAAAGUUGCGUCAGUUUCCCCAAGAGGAACGAACGCUGCAGCUGACCACCAUAAGCUUAAAUACCAUUUGAGAACUGGGCAGCCUGGCCAAUCACAGAGGCGGGGCGGGGGUCUGCAAGAGAAGGCAAGGUGACGUAACUUCCAGUUGGGCCAAUCAGGACUGUGGCCGCCAGCUGGCGCGCGCCUCGUUGGCCAAGACGUGACUGCUCACUGUCCAGUCAGAGAAGGGUUUCAGAGGCGCCUCGCAGGAAGGCCUUUCAAGACUUUUUACUUUCCCUUUGACAGAACAGGAAAAAAGGAAGAAUUGGAUCUUCAGGUCGAUUUCCGUUUGCUGUCUGUUUGUUUACCGGGGAUAAUAAACAACGGAGAGGAACAACGGAAUGAUUGAAGAUAAUUCCCAGCUUUGUAAAUUCUUCCCGGCUGGAAAUACAUUAUAAUUUAUAGUAGUGUUAUUUACACCAGCAUUUACACCAGCGAUGUUUUACACUUCCUGGCGCAUCAUUUACCUGCAAGAUCAUUUACAAAAUUGUUGUUAACCAGACUGGCAAGACCGUCCCUUGAUUAACGAGGUUCACUUCUCUGGCACUUACGAUAACAACGUAAGUGAAACACCUGGACGAUGUUACGAUAUUAAGUAGCGACUUGAUAUUUUAUCUGCAAGUACGAUAUCUCUAACGAGUGAACUGCGCUCGUUCUGUAGUAGUUAGGUAGUUAGGAAGAGCACUUAACAAGGUAUAUUAGUCACUACGAUAGUCUCCGGGAAGUUCCACUCACCAUAUCACUUACCAGUUAGUAACUUAUUACGAUUUAUAACAAGAUAAUAGUGAAGGUAACUGCUAGUUCAUAUUAGCCUGACUUAAUUACCCCCACCCCUCCUUUUACUCUAACAUUAUUAGAGUUGUUAUCUUCCCCCUCCUCCUCCCCCUCCACCUCCCUCUCCUCUUCCCCCUACUCUUCCCACUCCUUCUUACCCCUUCUCUUCCCUUCCUCUUCCUCUUCCCCUCCCCAUCCCUUCCUUUCCCUUCCCUGCACACAUUAGGUCUACCCCUCGUAAGAUUUCCAGUACCCGAACGAGGGUAAUGCCUAGACAUGUGCACACACACACACACACACACACACACACACACACACACACACACACACACACACACACACACACACACACACACACACACACACACACACACACACACA